CAGAUUGCCUUCUUGCCUUUUCCUGGGCAGGAGCAACUUUACUUCUGCCACCACCAACAAAUAUAAGUUAUUGAGCUGGCAAGUGACGUCUGUAUGCCUCCAGCAUGAAAACUUUUCUGUUUGUUACCCUUUGCCUUUUUGCUGCUUGUGAUCCUGUGAACUGUCAAGGAGUUACCAGGACACUUGAUCCAUGGCUGCAAGGUGUAAUUGCUGUUUCAGUGUUUUUGUUUUUGGCAAUGAUUUCCUUUAUCAUCAACAAAUUAUGGUGCCAGGAUGAAAAGGAUUCCAAAGAAGAAGAUAAACGAGUGACCUUCAGGAAUAGAAAUACUAAAGCAUCCAUCACUUCUAAUGGAAUGGAAGGAACCUAUUCAGCAUCCGCAGCAAGCUUCAGCUGUGAAGAAGGCCCUCAUUGCUAUGAAAACCAAGUUGAGUUUGAAUGUGACACUGUGACCAAUCAUCAUACUGAAUGUCAUGCAAGUGUUGACUCUCAUUGUGACACCAGGACUGAAUGUCAUGAAAAUAUAGACGUGGUUACCACAAAUAUGUAACAUCAUUUUGUUAUUUAUUCUUAUAUUUUAAAACCUCUCUAUAAUAUAGAAUCCUUACAAGAUAAGCCAAUAUCAUUUAUGAUGUAUGAUUUUAAUCAAUUUAUUCAAAGGCCAACUAUGUAGAGGCGUAUUAACAUUUUUGCAGUGGCUUUAUUUUGUCUAAGUUCUGCACAUGUCAGAUAGAAUUAAUUGGUACAUAGCAGAGGUGGGUUGCUGCUGGUUCGGCCCAGUUCGGCCGAACCAGGAAUGGGAGCAGUGGCAGGAGGUCCACCCACCCAGCUGGAUGCGUCUGCGCAUGCACAGAAGCAUGGCAUGCAUGCACGAGCGUGCGAGCGUGCGUGCACGAGCGAACCGGUAGUAAACCGGUUAGCAGCCCACUACUGGUGCAUAGUACUCCAUAAUAUGGUUUUUUCACCAAAGGAAACUCACUAACCUAUUUUAUUCUAUUUUACUUUUCUUGUUGCAUAUUUUUGUACUUCAUAAUCUUUGUAAGCUUAGUGCUACAGAUGGUCCACAAUCUCACUUUUAGGCCCUCUGUAACUCAGUGUUAUAUUCCUGUUUAUUACCAGGGAAUUUCUUGUUUGAAAAUUAUUUUUCUUCAUGGUAAAAAUCUCCCCCCCCAAAAAAACAACCUGUAGGACCACGUCAAUAGUAUUGUUAAUAAAGCUGAAGGCAUAGUGGUAGUCUUUGACCAAUUGCUUCCAUUUUAUUUUUUAUUCUUGUUUAUAGAGUCACCAUAAAAUUUUUGGAUGAGGUUGGAAUUAUUUUUAUAUAAAUAUUUUUUCACAUGAAUUUUCCUUUUCUUAUCUGCAUUAAACAAAUGUUUAAAAACUCCUUAUCUAUGAGCAUAUAUAACUGGUUGUUACU